AAGCCGGCGAUCGCGAUUGUCGGACGAGUCACGCAAAGGCUAUGUAGGUAGUGGAGGUAUGCGGAGGUACCUAGUUUCAACGGGGAUGGAGGGAUGGGCCGGGGGCUGCAACGCAAGCGCGGGGUGUGCAGAGCCGGCUGCCCGUCUACACGACGUAACGCGGGGACUGGGAGAUGUCGAAAAGCGAGCGGAUGGGUGCGAGAGAGCAAGCGAGAGGAGAAGGUGUCAAAAACGAAGAAAAAGAAGGAGACAAGGAGUGGGAGAAGAAUUGAGGUUGUCGUCGUCGUCGUCGUCGUAGUCGCCGUCGCCGUCGCCGUCGUUGAGCUGGUCGGAAAGGGUGUCAGAAGAAGAAAAAAAGAAGAAAAAAAUAGAAGUAGGUGGGAAAGAGGGAGCGAGGGGAGGUGGUGGGCGUGUGAUGUUUUUUUGUUGACUUGGACUUUGUUGUUUGUGUUCCCCCCUCCGCAGCUGAAGACGGGAGGUGUGUUGUUGACAGGAAUGCGGCCCCCAGUGGUUCCUUGCAGGCGCAGGGCGAUGGAUGGGAUGGAUGUGUGUGUGUGUGGGUGGGUGUGCUCGGGCGGCUUUCUAUGUGUCUAUCGUGCAGGGGGAAGAUGGGACCACACUACCUCUCCAGGUUUACGCGACCCAGCAAGAGAAGAGCAAGGAAGUAAGGCGGUGCCCUGUCGGCUUUGUGUUGUUUUGGCUUGAUUCGCGGCUGCUGCUUCUGCUGACGGGAGGAUGCAGCUAAGACGCUGGGAUGAGCUAAACGCGCCCUCACCUUGUUUUCCGGCCUAGGUCGAUUUGCUUGCUGCU